GACUGCCAGGUCUCCACGGUGAAGCACUCGGCAAAGGACAGGCCCAUUCCCAGCCCCAUGGCUUCGCUGUCUCGGAGGUCUGUGCUGCCAAGUGGGAGCCGUUCCCCCACCACCCUGUCCCUCCACAGGACCUCACUGCCCUGGCACGGAGAUGACUUCCAGCACAACGCUGAGCCUGGCUCCAAGUGCUUUGCUGUGCGCUCGCUGGGCUGGGUGGAGAUCCCUGAGGAGGACCUGGCACCCGGCAAGAGCAGCAUCGCUGUCAACAACUGCAUCCAGCAGCUCUCCAACAGCAAGGGCCAGGGCUCUGCGGAGAACCGGGGCGAGGGCCAGGACCUGGUGAUGAUCCUGAAGAAAGACACCAUGAGUCUCGUGGACCCCCUCGACCGCAGCCUUAUCCACCACCAGCCCAUCCUCAACAUCCGCGUCUGGGGCGUUGGCUGCAACAACGGCAGGGACAGAGACUUUGCUUUCGUGGCCAGUGACAAGGACACCUGCAUCCUCAAGUGUCACGUUUUCCACUGCAACGUGCCCGCCAAAGGCAUCGCCAAGGCCCUGCAUGAAAUGUGCUCCAAGAUCGUGGCUGAGCGAGCUGUAGCAAGCAGCGGGCUGCGACACGGCACCAUGCUGGAGCCCAUCUCCACUGAGGACCUGCCGCUGCAAGUGGAUAUCCUGGAAGCGGUGAGGCGGUCAAUGCAGACCUAUGAGGCAUUGUACAUCGGCAGCCUGCCCGUGCCCAGGGCCGUGGGGAUGGAUGUGCUGAACGAGGCCAUUGAGAAGCUGAUGAGGGGACCCGGGCGGGAGCGCUGGACGCCCUCUCUCAUCCACGUGUCCGACACAGCCAUGAAGGUGCACCCCACACAGGACGAGGAGGCAGCGCACAUCUGGGAGUGCCAGGUGCGGUAUGUGACCUUCCUGGGGGUGGGCCGGGACGCCCACACCUUUGCACUCAUCGUGGACACAGGGCGACGCUUCCAGUGCGCAGCCUUCUGGUGUGAGCCCGACGCUGGCACCAUCUCGGAGGCGGUGCAGGCAGCCUGCAUGGUGCAGUACCAGAAGUGCCUGGUGGCUGCUGCACCGGGGGCUAAGGUGAAGGGUACGACAAGCCGGGGCUGGGCCGGGCCGGCGGCCUCGGGGGACACUGCCAGUGGGGCGGCCAAGUGGACCGCCCCCCCCCAGUUCUCCUACGGGCUGCAGGCGCAGGCUGGGGGGCCCAGGCGAACCCCGCUCACCCGCCGGGCUCCCCCAGGUGCUCCUCCAGACCUGGCCAGUGCCCCUGCUGCCUCUGCUGCCUCCACAGCGCUGCCCCGCCGAGCGCCAGGGCCACCCCCCCUCGGGACCAUCAGCCCGGCCCCGCGGGCAGAGAGCAGGAGGCCAAGCGCUGCGGCAGGCCCGGAGGAGCACGGCCCAGAGGAGUGCAGCCUGCCUGCCGACGCCAUCCUCGUCCCGCUGAGGGAGGCCCUCGCUGCCUGCCGCCCCACGGUGCAGAAACAAGUGUGCGACGACAUUGGGCGGCGGCUGACAGUGCUGGAGGAUGCAUGGGCUCAGGGGAAGUUGUCGGCCCCAGUGAGGAAGAGGAUGAACCUCCUGGUGCAAGAGCUCCAACAACAGCGCUGGGAUGCAGCUGACGAGAUCCACCGCUCGCUUAUGGUGGACCAUGUGAAUGAGGUGAGCCAGUGGCUGGUGGGUGUCAAGCGCCUGAUCGCCGAGACAAGAAGCCUGCCUACUGCAGAGCUGGUUGCAGCGACGGAUGGCAGUGCCGAGGCCGGGCCUGGCCAGGAGCAUCCCUGA